GUGAAUGAUCGGAGGGACAUAAUUGACAAAACAUGGCUGAUUCGGGAGGUAGCGUCGACUUGAAAGAAGAAGAAAACAAUUCCUCCACUCAGUCGGAGGACAAUGUCAAAUUUAGAGAUCCAUUACUAACUGGUCUUGAAAAAGAUAGUGACGAUGACGGGAUGGAGAGUCUUGACCUGGAUGCUUCGGCAAGGUCCGACAUCACAGUGUCAAGAAGUUCCAGUCUGAUCGCCAAUUUCCGUCUGGACGAUGACUUAGAUGGAGAGACAAAGGACCUCUUUGUGAUUGUGGACAAUCCAGAGAAGCACACAGGAACAAUCGAGUCAUAUAUCACAUUCAGGGUGUCCACAAAGACAACUAGAAGUCAGUUUGAUACGUCGGAGUAUGCAGUGAGGAGGCGUUACAAUGACUUCCUGUGGCUACGACAGAGACUUGAGGAAAACUAUCAGACCCAUCUUGUGCCGCCCUUGCCAGAGAAGCAUACCUUGAAGAGAAUGGACAGGUUCAGCCCCGAGUUUCUGCGUGUCCGACAAGCAGCCUUACAGAAGUUCCUGACCAGACUGGCCGACCACCCAGUCCUCUCCUUUGACAAGAGUUUCCAUGUGUUCCUCACUGCUAAAGCUUGGGAGUUCCAAGCCCAUAAGAAACAGGGGUCAGGAUUUAUCAGCCGCGUGACGGACUCGCUCCACAACAUGGGGGCAUCCUACAUGAUGAAGAACAGGCCCCCGGAGUUUAUGGUGAUGCAUGAGUAUAUCCACACCUUCGGAGACAAAGUCUCAGUCAUGGAUCGCAUCGCCAGCAGGAUCGUCAAGGAACAAACAGAGCUGCUGGGAGAGCUGAAUGAGUGGGCGCCUGUGUACACUCUGUGGUCUAAUUCAGAGGAACAGCUCAGCGACACUCUUGUCCAGAUGUCCAGGACUAUAGAAUCUACCUGUCAGAUCCUCAAAGACAUCAUUGACUCCACGGAUGACCAGCUGCUGCAGCCCGUCAAGGAGUACAUCCUGUACACCGAGUGUAUCAAGGCUGUGCUGCGCCGCCGUGAUGCUAUGCAAAUGGAGUAUGACAUGAUUGUUGAGGAACUCAACAAGAAGAAAGAUGAAAGAGAACAUGUGAAAAUAUCGGACCAGACAUAUUCUAUUGGUGCCUUCCUUGGGAAGGACCCGGAGGAUGUUAAACAGCAGAAGCAGGAUAGGCUGGAACAACAGAUAGCUGAUCUGCAGCGCCAGAUGGAAAUGCUAAAUGACCGGACAGUGGUGGCGAAUGCGGACUUGAAGGCGGACAUGGAGCGAUGGCACAAGACUAAACAGAGGGACAUGAAGGACAACUUGGUCAACAUGGCCGACAGACAGAUACAGUAUUAUGAAAAGUGCCUUGCAGCCUGGGAGGAUGCUAUCAGGGCAAUCCAGACACCGCGAGAAACCAUCACAAUACCAGAUGACAACCUACAGAAAACUGAGGACACAGACAAUGUGUGUGCAGACACAACAUAGAGACACAGUCACCUAGAUGAGAGAUUACUGCUUUAAAGACAGGCCGACUGUCAACAAUGUCUGAACAUGGCCGUGACGUCUCAUAGACCAGGGUUAGAGUAGCUUCCCUUUGACAAAGGGCAGUUACUCUAGCGGAAAGACCGAUGGAUUGCCGCGAAAGGCAAGUAAAAACAAUUGUUGUUUUGCGUAUAUGUUGCUUCGGCACUGUAUAAGAAAGAGAUUUCAGUUGAAACUACAUUGGCUACUGUCACUGUCCGACUGACACAUCACUUACCCUGUGACGUAAUAAAUAUUAAUGCGCGCAUAACAGGAAAACUCGCAAUGUUUCGGCAAUGUUUGUGAGAGAGGGGAAGCUAUUUUCAAGCACAGAAUUAAAGAAUGACAAUAUAUGAUAAAGAGGUUAUCACGCUUGUGUGUUUUUCACAAACACACUCGUGUGAUUACCUCUAUGUCUUGUCAUUUUCACUUCAGUGCACUUCAGUGUGAAUGUAGUGUCAAAGUCAGGGUAGCUUCACUGCUUGUGAUUGACCUUAAUUGAUGCUCACUAAUUUUAACAGACUAAAUCUUCUGUAAUGACAGAUGCAUUUUAUUGUUAAAGGUGGCUGACAUUACUUGACGCUUGUCAGUUUUUAAAUUUAUCUCUAGAAUGCGUAAAAUUGCUUUGCUAUAUGUCAAUUUGUUAAACAAAAUUUGUUAUUCACCUGCAUUCUUACUCAUGAAUAGGCAUAUGGUAAUAGUUAUUGUUGUUAAUACAAUAUACCCGUGUUUGUCGGACCAUGGUCCACCUGAUGAUACCUUCAGGAUAUAUUUCUUGGUUGUUACCUUACAAAUGUUUGUCUGAAUUGUUUAUCUAAAUAUAUGAAUGGCUCUUUAUUGUUUGUUUUCUACUGCCAGCACCAUCAACAACAACCUCAGCUGUGGCAGCAGUCCUGUCUUAGUGAAACUCUGUUGCCAUUAUUAUACUGAAUAGAAAUUAAUAUUAUUUCCUAUUUGUGACUGCCACCAUCCUCGCUUAUCCAAGUUUACAUUCUCCAUUGUAUUAUGAUUUACACCCUGGACCAAUUCACCAGCAAUGCUUCAUUUUGGUAGUGAUGUAACCAGCUCCAUCUCUCUUACUGCUAUUAACUUAGCAGAGAAUUUCUCUCAGCUCAAGAGCAUGAACUCCACAACAAAAAUACUUCUUCCAAAUGUGAGUGGCGCAUAUAUCUCCAGUCAAAAUUUCAGCCUUGUCCAAGUGAGUCCUCAAUAUGUUUAAAGGAAUCAGGAGAACAUGUUACGAAAAAAGCUUUACCGGGUUACUGGGAGUACGAAGACUCCUUAUGUCACAAGAUGUUCAAGUCAGAUCUGUGACGGCACACAAAAGUUGAGUCCUGGUGAAAUCGCCAUAUUUCAAUCAUGAAAGAAAAGAAAUAAUUUAUUUGGAUGCCGAUUUGACCAUUGUGUCAUUCAAACUGGACUCUAAACAAAGAUGUGGAUGCGAACAGGUCCAGGGUAUCGAUCAUAAUAGAAUUGUUAUUUAAUACAUUGCAUAACCGAGGAUGUACUGCCACUUGAUGGGUUCCCUGGCACCAUGACCUUUGUCUUUAAUUCUCAUGUAAGGAUGCAAUACAUUUUGAGUGUAGAUUGGUACCAAGUCCUGUGUUCACAUCGUGCUUGAGCUGUCCAACAGAUGAUUUGUUGAUGUAUAAUUGUACAUACUUUAUCCUGUACAAACAAUUUAUUUAUUAAGGUCAUGUGAACUGAUUUGAUCUCGGGCAUACCAUGCCUGUCUUUGUUGUUUCUAGAUAAUUCUUCGUUGUUAAUGAUUGUAUUGUGAUAAUUGUUGGAAUCAGAAUGAUCAUAUCAGGUGUGUUUGUGGCUGAAUGGAGCCUAAAGAACAGGCUGUUUGGUUUCAAUAUGGAGGUUAAUUUGUAAGAAAAUAACAGUGACAUGAAAUAAUUUAAAGUCUGUAGGCAUGCUAGGCUGGGUAGUUAGCUUAUGUUUUAAAGGGUUAUGUGUGCAAUAUUGAAAAUACUACCAGUCAAAAAAUAUUUUGAUCUAAUUUCACAUAUUUAUUUAAGUUUUGCAAGGGUACUAAAAUUUAUUGAAGCUCAAACACGACCAAUGCUUUAUUUAUGUUUUUAAAUCUUGUAUUUGCUCAGAAAAAUGCAGUGAAUAUACAUCUGUCCACCUAGGAAUUGCGGGUUUACUUAAAGUGCAGUAUGUGCCCUAUUCCUAUAUAUAUUGAGAGAGAGAGAGCGAGAUGUUCAACCAUCCAAGUGUUCAAGGUUUGUCAUGAUAUCUAGAUAAGACAGCAAUAACAGCAGACCUAAGUUGAUUAGAUCAACUACAUUCACCGAAUGAGUUAUCAGCUGUGCGAAUCAGCUGUCUAAACCAGCUGCACCACCCAGCUGCAGUGCACCUCCCUGGUGUUGAAUCUAACAGUCGCUAUGGCAACUGGGUGCUGGGGAGUUGUGAUUCCUGAGUGGACUGUUGACUUGUUUAUACACAAUUAAACCUAGUUAAUCUGGACACCUUCCUAACAAAUGUCCUGAUCUUCAGUGAACCAUCAAUUUAAACUUACUGGUUGCCAGCUAUGGUGCCUACUUGAUUUGAGGCAGGGGUGGCCAUCUUGAUUGUGAAGUACAAUGUUGUUCACUGUUUUGGUUCUCUUUUCUUGGUGCCUUGUGAUAAAGACUGGAUGUCUUGAUUAAUGACCCAUCAUCCAGAAUGCAGGGUUUCAAGACAGACAAGGUCUCUCUGUAUGUAUUUUUUCAUCAAGCUAUAACUGAUGUUUAUGGUAGAUAAGCCCAUUUCCCUACCAAGAUCUUCAUGCUCUGCAGUUAUUAUAAAGUCAAGCUGUAAUUAAUUGGUUGGCAUUUUUUUUUCAUAAAUUCUCAAAACUCAUUUUUUAGUCAUGACUAUUUUCCAGAUGAGAAAUAUAU